UUGCGUCAUCAAUGAGGCAUCGCGAGAGAAGGAGAAGCUGUUACUCUCCCGCUUAAUUUAGGUUUACCAACAAGCCAGUUCUGAGACGCCAUCCCGCGUGGUGCUGUUGCUUAUGUUGUCGCGAUUGUCCCUCCUUCUUCCCGGAAUUUGGAAUCGAGUGAGUUUUCUGACCUAUUUGAGCACCGGACCCAAGGGUACUUGCAGAGGGAACUGGUCUCGGAGGAGGUGGACUGACCAUAGAAAUGAGUCCUGCGGAUACCCUUGAUGAUGAAAAUACAUUUAAAAUCUUGGUUGCAACGGAUAUUCAUCUGGGUUUUAUGGAAAAAGAUGCUGUGAGAGGAAAUGAUACAUUUGUAACACUUGAUGAAAUUUUAAGACUUGCCCAGGAAAAUGAUGUGGAUUUUAUUUUGUUAGGUGGUGAUCUUUUUCAUGAAAAUAAACCUUCAAGAAAAACAUUGCAUACCUGCCUCGAGUUAUUAAGAAAAUAUUGUAUGGGGGAUCGUCCUGUACAGUUCGAAAUUCUCAGCGACCAGUCAGUUAACUUUGGUUUUAGUAAGUUUCCAUGGGUGAACUACCAAGAUGGCAAUCUCAACAUUUCAAUUCCAGUGUUUAGUAUUCAUGGCAAUCAUGAUGAUCCCACAGGGGCAGAUGCACUCUGCGCCCUGGAUAUUUUAAGUUGUGCUGGAUUUGUCAAUCACUUUGGACGUUCAAUGUCUGUGGAGAAGAUAGACAUUAGUCCAGUUUUGCUUCAAAAAGGAAGCACAAAAAUUGCUCUAUAUGGCUUAGGAUCCAUUCCAGAUGAAAGGCUCUAUCGAAUGUUUGUCAACAAAAAAGUGACAAUGUUGAGACCGAAAGAAGAUGAGAACUCUUGGUUUAACUUAUUUGUGAUUCAUCAGAACAGGAGUAAACACGGAAGUACCAACUUCAUUCCAGAGCAGUUUUUGGAUGACUUCAUCGAUCUUGUUAUCUGGGGCCAUGAACAUGAGUGUAAAAUAGCUCCAACCAAAAAUGAACAACAGCUCUUCUACGUGUCACAGCCUGGAAGUUCAGUGGUCACUUCUCUUUCCCCAGGAGAAGCUGUAAAGAAACACAUUGGUUUGCUGCGUAUUAAAGGAAGGAAGAUGAAUAUGCAGAAAAUUCCUCUCCGCACAGUGAGGCAGUUUUUCAUGGAUGAUGUUGUUCUGGCUGAUCAUCCAGACAUUUUUAACCCAGAUAAUCCUAAAGUAACCCAAGUCAUACAGAACUUCUGCUUGGAGAAGGUUGAAGAAAUGCUUGAAAAUGCAGAACGGGAACGUCUGGGAAAUUCUCGACAGCCAGAGAAACCUCUUAUACGACUGCGAGUGGACUAUAGUGGAGGCUUUGAACCGUUCAGUGUUCUUCGCUUUAGCCAGAAAUUUGUGGAUCGGGUAGCUAAUCCAAAAGAUGUUAUCCAUUUUUUCAGGCACAGAGAACAAAAGGAAAACACGGGAGAAGAGAUCAACUUUGGCAAGUUCAUCUCAAAACCCUCAGAAGGAACAACACUAAGGGUUGAAGACCUUGUAAAACAGUAUUUUCAAACUGCGGAGAAGAACGUACAGCUCUCACUUCUAACAGAAAGGGGAAUGGGUGAAGCAGUACAAGAAUUUGUGGACAAGGAAGAAAAAGAUGCCAUAGAGGAAUUAGUGAAAUAUCAGUUGGAAAAAACACAGCGAUUUCUUAAAGAACGUCAUAUUGAUGCCCUAGAAGAUAAAAUCGAUGAAGAGGUACGUCGUUUCAGAGAAAGCAGACAAAAUAAUACGAAUGAAGAAGAUGAUGAAGUUCGAGAGGCCAUGAGUAGGGCCAGAGCCCUCAGAUCUCAGUCAGAGGACGCUGCUUCCGCCUUGACUGCUGAAGACCUGAUGAGUAUAGAUUUGGCAGAACAGAUGGCUGAUGACUCUGACGAUAGCAUCAUAGCAGCAGCCAACAAAGGAAGAGGCCGAGGAAGAGGCCAAAGAGGAGGAAGAGGGCAGAAUUCAGUGUCGAGAAGGGGGUCACAGAGAGGAAGAGGCACUCGUCUGGAGAUUUCUGCUCAAGGCAGAGGUUCAAAGGCCACUACAUCAACAUCUAGAAAUAUGUCUAUUAUAGAUGCCUUUAAAUCUACAAGACAGCAGCCCUCCCGAAAUGUUGCUACUAAAAAUUAUACUGAGGUGAUUGAGGUGGAUGAGUCAGAUACCGAAGAAGACAUUUUUCUGACCACUUUCAAAACUGAUCAAAGAGGCUCGAGCACUUCAUCAUCAAGCAAACCCAUGUCCCAGAGCCAGGUCGCCAAAGGGGUCGACUUUGAAUCAGAUGAGGACGAUGACGAUCCUUUUACGAACCUUAGUUGUUUAAGAAGAAACAGAAGAUAAUAUAUUUAAUGGCAGUUUGAAGUUUUCAAGAUUCAGGAAAAAUUGAAACAUUGCAGACUAAUAGUUUACCAGUUGAAAAUUUUUUUAGUAUUGCUGUUAACUGAAGAAUAUGAAUCAUUCUUGCUUACACAGAGAUGGAGAAACUAAUGUAUAAAAAUUUGUGUUUUUUAAUAUCAUUUCCUGACCAUGACUCCACUGUCUGAGAAACUUCCCAGUUCAAAGGCAUAUAGAGUAGCAUUGGUUCUCCUUAUUUUUUAAUCUGGUGUUAAUGUUAACUGUUUUAUAAAUGCUAUGUAAAACUUAGAAGGUUAUUUUCCUGACAGAAUAGUUUAUUUAUACUGAGUGAGAGCUUUGUGUAAAUAUCAUUCUUGAAUAAGGACUAAAAUAAAUCUGCCAUUGUACAUUUCUGCUUUAUAAUCAAAGACCGUGUCAGUAUUUUAAGGUGGUGACAUUUAGCCAGAAUUGAGGAAAAGAGCUUUACCCCUUUUUAUAAUUUUAGUAAUUUCUAGACAUCCUGGAUUUCCUGCACGUAAAACAGUUUAUAUGAAACAGUGCCUAAGCUCACUGUUACUCAGUAUGUGUUCUUUUUCAAUAUAUGUUCUUUUUCUAAUGCUUGUGAUGGUAUCAGCCAGAGACUUUGAAUGAUUACAUAUAUUCUGUACUUUGAAUAAUUAGAUAAAAGUUGGUAUCAAAAAAUAAAGUCUGUCAGAGUUAUCAUUUCUUAUUCCAGUUAUAGCAAAGAUUCUAAAAGAUUGUGCUUCCAUUGAAUGGUAGUAAUUUCCUGCAUUAUUUUCCAGUAUUAAAGUUUCUCUCUCUUCCUUGUCUAUUUCUAAGAGGAAAGGGUUAAAAUAGUUUAACCAUAUUUUUUUAGAAAUAUUGAAUCUUUUUUUUUUUUUUUAGAUAGACUUGUCAGUUGACCCUAAUGUUUAUAUUAGAUUAACAAUGAAGUAUCACUUCUGUGGAAUAUCAGUGCCAAGAUUCCUCAUUAUUAUUUUAUCUUAACAUUGGGCAUGAGCAAUUCCAAAAUCUUAGAGAAGCAGCUUCUGUUACUUUUUCUUACUUGUAAGUAAGAAAGGAGAAAAUGGCUUUUACUCCUUCCUAGGGGGACCUAAGAAUUUGACCUCUUCAGAUUUAAGUUCAGUAACCCCAUUUUCCUUUUUAAAACUGUUAAAAGACCCUGUGAGAGUGUUCUUUUCAUCUUACAAUGCAGCUAUUUAUUCAAAACUCCUGAAGGAAGUUGUAGAUCUUGGUGGUACAACAGCCUGACAUUUCUUCAUAGGUAGAAACAAACACUAGAUGGAGCAAUAGUCCUGAUCUUUGCCAUAUUCAUACCUAUAAUGUGUCAGACUCCAAAAGACAGCAUUAGCUUAGUGGCUGGCCUCUAUAUCAUAGCAGUUUGAAAGGGCCUAAGUCAAGAAUUGCAAUGUAGCCCUAGUUUUUUAAAAAAUACUUUCUGUACUUCAUUUGGGUAUAGGAUUAUUUUAGUAGGUAGCAUCAACUCAGCAGAAGGCCUUGUCCUAUGAAAUACUCUCCAGCACAUCUACUCCCAUCUUUAGUAUUCUCAGUAUUUGAAAGAAGCAAAGAUGAGAUGCUUUCCACAGUGGGAUGGAAGCUGGUUUGGGAGGCAGUCUCUAGGAAGAGUCGGCCAGUGACUCUUCUCACCUGCCAAUCAGAUGUGUUCAGGUGGGGGUCAUAGUAAGGGACAUGGUCACUAAUGCAACCUGAUAGGUUUCUGAGAAGAAGAGUAAGGACUUCUCCCUUUCCGCAAACUGCUCUAUGGUAUGAAAGAGGUACUAAAUGGGAUGCAUUUAGCUUCUGUGAAAAGUAAGUCUGGCAGUGAGAGAAGGUGAAUUCUCCCCAGCUAAUUCAGGUCAUUUUGUGAAUAGCAUGUCACUUCCUGGAAAUAUGUUGGUUGGCCCAAAAGUUCAUUGGGAUUUUCCAUGAAAUGUUACAAAAAACCCAAAUGAACUUUGGGGUCAACCCAGUAGUAAGUAAAGCAGGAAAAAAAGACAUUUUUGAUGAAUAUUGCUGCAUAGUUGAAUAUGCCACAUAUCCUUGAUACUGUGUAUUGAUGCAGUAAAAUCUAGGGCUUUUGGAAUGGGUUUUGGAGUUGGGAUAGAUGUGUGGAGGUGGUGACUGCAGAACCCCUGCAGUUUCCUCAGAGGCUGAGAGAAAGCCUCAGUGAAAACAUUCUGAGGAGAAAACUUCUAUCAUUUACCAAAGAACAUCUCUCUCUCUGGCAUUUUGUAUCAAAAAUACAAUAGUAUAUUUAUAAUUCUAGAAAAUAAAAGUGGUACUUAGGAAAUUUAGGCAUUCAGACUUUCAAUUUGGGUACAUAUUGGAUAUGGUUUUUGUAAAUGUUUAAAAUUAUGAAAUCCAGUAACAGAGAAGUUAUAGUUUAACAAAUAAUGAUAAAGUGAGCCUCAUGGCACUCUCUGUACAGGUCAGAAAAUAGAGUUUCACCAGUCCCUCAGGAGCACUGGUGUCCUCUCUGGGAAACCCCAUCUUGACUCCUGCCAUUGAGAAGUUUGUUUUUUUGCCACAAGAUGGUGCUUCCAAAUUUAAAAUUAACUCAGUAGUUUUGCAGUAAAUUUGGAACCUAUGCAAUAAUAAUACUGAACCUAUGCAAUUAAAACCAAAAUUAGCUUUCUAAUUUUAUAUGUAAAUUGCUUAGCGUAUUUCACCUGGCUCAGCCUGUGUUACUAAGGAAAUUGUCAGUUCGAUAAGUUUUAGAUAUAAAGGUACAAGGAGAAAAUGUUUUAUGUUUUAAUAAAGAGAAAAGUCUUUAUUAGAAAAAUGGAGUUAAAAAGUUUCCCAUUGUAAAAUUUUUCUGUUGAAAUGUACUUUCUCCCAGUGUAAUCUAUUGUCCUUUUUUGUAUUCCUUAUACAUUUGUCACAGUGCUUUAUGACUUUUUAAAGCUAAUUCUUUUUUUUUUAAGCUCAUUUGUUAUAGAAUAAAGAUUUGUUUUUCCUGAGUCCAAAGAGCUUCCAUAUUCUUGAAUGAAAAAUGUCUACAUUUCAUCAUUUGCUUAUCUCAUUCCCUUUUAAUAUUUCUAAACUUAAUGUUUAAUAAAUAGGUCUCAAAAUACUAGCAGUUUAGAUCGGUCUCUAUGAAGUCAGCUCAUAUAGCUUUCUCUUGCCAAGCACAUUUGUAUAUCUGUUCUGUGACUGAUAGCUAAAUCUGAUUUUAGCUAUUUAAAUCAUAAAGGCAAUGCAUAUUCUUCAAAAUUCAGACAUUGAAAUCUUUAUCAAAACAUAUAUUUCCCCGUAAUCUUCUCCCCAGACAACCUCUCAACAGUUUAGGUACGUAUUUCUCUAAUUGCUUUUGACAUGACUACUACCAAAAAUUGUUGAAUUAGAACUAUCAAAUUGUGUAGUCAAAUAUUUCAGUCUGUGUGUCAAGGUAUGUAUGUUCACCUUAGUACUUAUUUUGACAUCCUGAGUUUUCCAUAUCUUGUUUAUCAAGCUCUUUUAAUUAAGCUACCAUUGUCUGUUUUUUUGAGAGAUAAUUGCACUGCUUUCCAAUAUAUAAUUUAAAUGUUGUCACUAAUAAUUUGGGUCAAAUAAAAGAGUAUUUAAUCUGUGUGCCUUGAUGUCAUAAGUGGUAAAGCAAUAUUCAAAGGGCUGUUGACCAGUGAUUGCGCAUAAUAGUUGAUUAGCCAAAAGAAGCACGAUGGAUAUCAGGCUGUUUGGCCCGGCUGCUGCUCUGUUCUGCCUGGCAGAGCCACAGCAGCGCUUACGAGUCAUGUACAGCCACCCAACACUAGCGCUUAAGUGCCCUUGAUCACAGUGCCUCAUUUCAAGGGUUUCGUUUUUGUUAGGUUUAAAAAUCAGUAUUUUCUCAGCUGUAAGCUUAUACAACUAACUUCGGUCUACCUAUGAUUGCAUUUGAACUGAUUGUGGGAUGUAUCUGGACUUUGAGCAAGUGUUGCUAGAGGUGAAAAGCCAUUGUCUGGUAGAAUGAGAGGCCGAAUUGCAUGUCUGUUGGUCUUAAUGUUUUGUUGUAAGCCUUGAUAGUCUAGAAAUAGGACUUGUGAAAUGACAUCUAACCAUCUGUCAUAGACAUACCUGAAAGCACCCAGUGGCUGAUCAUCCCAGUCUUGAUUUCUGAGCUUUUCAGUAGUGCUUUGAAACCAGGUUACAUUUUUUAAACUUUUAAUUUUGAAAUAAUAUCAUAUUUGUGGAAAAUGUACAGGGAUAAUAGAGAACUUUUUACCUUUUACUCAAAUUCACUAAUUUUUAACUUUUCUUCAUUAAAAAAACUAUUCUCUAUGUGUGUAUGUUCCAUGCAUAUAUUCAUAUACAAACAUGAACAUGUACACUUACAUGUAAUAUUUUUUUUUUUUUUGGUCUUUGGAGAGUAGGUUGCAGGGGAAAUGCUCCUUUACCCCUUAAUACUACAGUGUAUAUUCGUGUGCCCUCAAAUCUUAUUCUCUUCCCUCCCACACCCCUCUCUCUGCUCUAUCUAUUGUAGGUAAACAAUUUCAUUCUUGUUUAUCCUUUCUGUAUUUCUUUUUGCUAAAACUGAAUUUGUGUAUUUUUAAUUUCUCCAUUUUUCUUAUGCAAAAAGUUAUAUAUAUAUAUCUCUCCCUGCCCCGCCAAACAAUAUGUCCUAGAA